UUAGAUCCACCUCCACCUUAUAUCGAUCAUCGAUUACAACUUUGGGAUCAAUUAAAAGAAGAAUAUGAUCGAGAAUUAAAGAACAAACCUCGAGAAAAAAUUCUUGUUCAACUUCCCACAGGUGAACCUAAAGAAGGCAUCAGUUGGGAAACUACCCCUAUGGAAAUCGCACGUGGUCUCAGCAAGAGCUUAGCCGAAAGAAUCGUAAUUGCAGAAGUCACUCUUGAAGGCGUAGCCAAACCGAUCUUAUGGGAUUUAUUGCGUCCUCUUGAACAGAGCUGUUCAAUGCGACUUCUUGAUUUUGAGUCCGAAGAAGGCAAACGAGUGUUUUGGCAUUCUUCUGCACAUGUUCUGGGAGAAGCAGCAGAAAGACAUUACGGAUGUCAUCUUUGUAUCGGUCCACCUACUGAUGAUGGAUUCUUUUAUGAAAUGGGUAUGGGUGUUAGUGGUGAUCGUUCAGUUCAGAAUGCCGAUUAUCAUCCUCUUGAAAAAGUGGCAGAAUCAGCCAUCAAAGAAAAACAACGAUUUGAACGAUUAGUGAUCUCUAAAAAGUCACUACUUGAAAUGUUUGCGUAUAACAAAUACAAGACACAUAUUAUCAACUCCAAGAUUCCUGACGGAACAUCCACUACGGUCUAUCGAUGUGGUCCAAUGAUCGAUCUCUGUGUGGGUCCGCAUAUCCCAAACACAGGAUACAUCAAAUCAUUUUCGAUUCUCAAAAAUUCGGCUUCUUACUUCUUGGGUGAUUCAGCUAAUGAUUCAUUACAAAGAAUCUAUGGGAUCUCUUUCCCUGAUAAAAAAGCUAUGGCUGAAUACAAAAAGUUCUUGGAGGAGGCUGCCAAACGAGAUCAUCGUAAGAUAGGAAAGGAUCAAGAAUUGUUUUUCUUUCAUGAAAUGAGUCCAGGAAGUUGUUUUUGGUUACCACAUGGGACACGUAUCUACAACACCUUGGUUGAAUUCCUAAAGUCUGAAUAUAGGAAACGAGGAUAUGAUGAAGUCAUUUCUCCCAACAUGUACAACUCAAAACUAUGGAAUACGUCUGGACAUUGGGAGAACUAUUCCGAAAACAUGUUCAAGUUAGAAAUCGAAAAAGAAACAUUUGCUCUUAAACCGAUGAAUUGUCCUGGACAUUGUUUGAUCUUUGGUUCAAAAGAUCGUUCGUAUCGAGAAUUACCACUAAGAAUGGCUGAUUUCGGUGUUGUUCAUCGGAAUGAGGCGAGCGGUGCGCUUAGUGGACUAACACGAGUCCGACGUUUCUGUCAAGAUGAUGCUCAUCAUUUCUGUACCACUGAUCAAAUUGACUCGGAAGUUGCUGGGAUCUUUGACUUUCUUAAAACCGUAUAUGGUAUGCUGGGAUUUACCUAUAAACUGAAAUUAUCAACACGGCCGGAUAACUAUAUUGGUGAUCUGGCUGUCUGGAACGAGGCAGAGAAGAGGUUGUCAAGCGCUCUUGAUAAGUUUGUGGGACCAGGAGAGUGGGAUGUAGAUCCAGGAGAUGGAGCAUUCUAUGGUCCAAAGAUUGAUAUCACCAUCUCAGACGCAUUGAAAAGAAGACAUCAAUGUGCUACGAUCCAAUUAGAUUUCCAACUUCCAGAACGGUUUAAACUUCAGUAUCGAACCGAUCAAGGAGAAAGAAAACGACCGGUGAUGAUUCAUCGAGCGAUUAUGGGAAGUGUAGAACGAUUCACAGCUAUCUUGACUGAACAUUUCGGUGGGAAAUGGCCAUUUUGGCUCUCACCACGUCAAGUGCUCGUUAUUCCGGUCGCUGCUACUCAUAAAGCUUAUGCACAAGAAGUGGCACAGAAACUUUGGGAUGCAGGGUUGUAUGCAGAUGCAGAUAUGACAGAUGCUACAUUACCUAAAAAGAUUCGAAACGGAGAAGUGUCUUCUUAUAAUUUCAUUAUUGUGGUAGGAAGUGAAGAAGUUGAAAGUCGUUCAGUGAAUGUUAGAAGUGCAGAUGAUGUUGGACAAAAAGGAAAAGCUCAAGCACUUCCAUUAGAAGAAACUUUGGAAAAGUUUAUUUUAUUGAAAGAUCAAAGAAGGCUUGAGAAUCGAUUAGUUUGA